AAAGUGACAUUGUGCCAAACAGAAACCUGUUUCCGUUCAUUUCCAGUUCAAAUUUCCAGAUCUACGUUUUUUUGUUCAAUUUUUUUGUUCUUCACCCCCUUAUAUUCACAUUGUCUUCCCCAAUUCCCAAGAACCUUAAAUUCUCCAACAUCCAUCAAUGGCUUCCACAGCACCACCAAUCCUCCCAAUCUCCACCCCACAAUCAACUCCCGCUACUAUCCCCAUCACAUCUCAAUCCUCCGAUCCACCAAUCGCCACCCCUGCAUUCCGGGUCUUCAUUACCCGUAUCCAUGACCAAAUCAAAGACGGUUUAGCCCAACGUCGUCCAUGGAUUGAACUCGUAGAUCGAUCCGCUUUCUCUAAACCCGAAUCCAUCACCGACGCUACUACCCGGAUUCGAAAAAACUACUCCUAUUUUCGUGUCAAUUACCUUGCCUUCAUUGCAGUUGUUCUACUAUUUUCCCUCUUCUCCCACCCCUUUUCUCUCCUAACCUUAGCCACACUCUUUGCCGCUUGGUCUUUCUUAUACCUCUUUAAACCCGCUGAUCGACCCGUUGUAAUGUUUGGUCGAACAUUUUCGGAGCGUGAAACUCUUGGAAUCCUGGUUAUUACGAGCGUAUUCGUUGUUUUUCUCACCAGUGUUGGAUCCGUUAUUAUGUCGGCUCUUGUUGUUGGCGCUGCCAUUGUUUGUGCUCAUGGUGCAUUUAGGGCUCCUGAAGAUUUGUUCCUUGAUGAUCAAGAUUCUGCUGCUCAAUCUUCUGGUUUGCUUUCCUUCCUUGGUGCCGCUGCUACUUCUGCUCGCGUUUGAUGAGGAGAAAUUGGUGUUUGUAAUUUGGGUAAUUUCCUAUUGUUUCUUUACUGGUUUUUUUGUUUCAAGUAGAGUUUUAUGAUUUGUGGUGAAAAUUCUAGAUUUUGUUGGGGUAAUUGUUACGAGUACAUAUGAAAUGCAAUUAUGCAAAUGCUGUUAUUUAA